GUACGUUUGUUGUGGGAGAGGGGACGACGCGGAAGUGCAGAUUGGAAGGGAACGAUGGGUUGCGACGGGGGGACCAUCCCCAAGAGACACGAAUUAGUGAAAGGGCCUCGUAAGGUCGAGAAGGUUGACAAAAAUGCAGAAUUAGUGGCACAGUGGUACUACUGCACACUGAGUCAAGAAGAACUAAGGAGACCAAUUGUAGCCUGUGAGCUGGGCAGGCUGUAUAACAAAGAUGCUAUCAUUGAAUUUUUACUGGAUAAGUCAUCUGAUAAAUCGCUUGUGCAGGCUGCAUCAUAUAUCAGGAGCAUUAAGAAUGUAACAGAGCUGAACCUUGCAGAUAAUCCAGCUUGGAAAGGUGAUAAAGGGAACACAAAAGGUGAUAAAUAUGACGACAUCCAGUGUGCACGCUUUAUUUGCCCUGUGGUGGGCUUGGAAAUGAAUGGAAGGCAUCGGUUUUGUUUUUUGCGGAAUUGUGGCUGUGUGUUCUCUGAACGUGCUCUUAAAGAAAUUAAAACAGAAGUUUGUCACCGGUGUGGUGUUUCCUUUCAAGAAGAAGAUGUGAUUAUACUUAAUGGUAAUAAAGAAAAUGUGGAAGUGCUGAAGAAAAGAAUGGAGGAGAGAAGGCUUAAGAGUAAAGUGGGAAAGAAAUCAAAGAAAUGUAAGGCAGCAGAAUCGGUCUCUCAACAAGACACCCCUGAAGAUUCUCCAGGGCCAUCAGAAGUAAAGAGUGCAAAAGAUGACAUGAACACUAAUUCUGGAGAAAGAAAACAGAUUGUCUUCACAAAGAGUACAGAAGCUAAUGGAAGCUCUUCUGCAUCAGGAAAAAUCAGUAAAGCUUCAUCUGGCACCACCAAGAGAUCCAUUGCCGACAGUCAGGAGAAAUCAGAGGCAUACAAGUCUAUUUUUACGUCACACAGCUCAGCAAAACGCUCGAAGGAAGAGUCUUCCAAUUGGAUUACUCACACGGCAUACUAUUUCUGAAACAGUUGUGUGCAUGAUUGUAACAGUCAUUGCUGCUUUUCUUCCCUGAGGCUUUUUCUGUGUAACUCUGAUACAGGGUGUUCAUUGUAAUCUGAUGUUAUCUGGUAUUAUUCAGUUUGCAAGUUGUUUAUAAACUUUUGAAUAACCAGUGUACUUAGGUUGUUUGCAGCUACUGUUAAAUAAGAAAUAGAUGGCUAAAAUCCAUGUCUGGUAAUGUGACUUAUUUUAAAAGAUUAUUUACAAAAAGUAUAAUCCUUUAGGGUCAGAUUCUGCCAUCCUUAGUUACACUGAGUAGUAUUUUACUCUUGGUUGCAGUUCCAGUUAGGAUUGCAGAAUCUGCUUACUAGUAAAUAUAUCCUUCUAUGCUUUUAAUGAUUACCUACACAAUUUUAGUUGCAGUUGUAAUUGAACUUCUCUUUGUGUUAAAGACUGAAUUGAAUUUUUCUAACUUUCUGACACUGCUUGCUAACAAUAAAACCCCCCACAAUAUUUUCUUUCUUACAUUAACUAAUUUGACUCUAGUCAAAACCAGUACAUGUCUCUCUUAAAGGUGCUGGAGAUCGCUUUGAAUUAAUGCAUGUCAGGAUGGAGUCAUUUAGAAAGCUCAGUGUGAUCUCAGAAAUAAAGUAAAAACUUGUACAAUAGUCUCCUGUUCCAUUUCAAAGGAGAAUGGCAGUGGGGGAAAUGUUUUGCUAUUUACUGCUAAAUUAUUUUUAAAGAAGGCCCCAAAAUCGUUGUUUGUUCCCCCCAAAAGUGUUCUAGCUUUUUUUCCUCUUACAUUAGAAAUACCAAGUCUGGGCUUCCAUCUUUUUGUUGGAGAACUGUGUAGAAUAAUGGCAUCACACUAUGCUGAAACUUGAGCUGGAGCUUUCUUCCUCUCAACUGAAGUAGCAGAGGCUGGUUUUUGUACACCAUGAAGCAGCAAUUUGCCUUUAAUUAAAACAAACUGAUGGAUGCAAAUCUUUUUAGCUCAACUGAAAAAUAUGAACACACUUAUUACUGUAACUUUGGAUGUUUUGAGAAUUUGGAGAAGCAUUUUAUUCAUCUGGGUAAAGCUGUUUUAUGAGCCUAGCACAUUAAAAUGAAUAUCAGUGUGUUUAAACACACAUUAAAAGAUUGGUGAUUCUGACUCAAGGGUUUGGGUGGAAGAGAGAAGAAUUUUACAGAGAACUCCUUGGAGAAAUCAAGAUCAAACUCAGUUUUUAAAAAAAAUAUGAUUUGCGUCUGUGCAAAGAAAACUGCCUUUAGCCUGUCUGCUUUGUUUUUAAUAUAAAAAGUCCAGAUUUAUGGAAAACUGAGUGUCCCUUUUACAUUUUUAAUGAUUUCUGUGCCAAGUACCAGUUUUGAUUUAAGGGGGAAGUUUACAGAUACUGUACAGUGCAAGAUAUGGAAAUAUUUGCUUCUGAAAUCUAUUUUACUUCAUAUUAUUUCCCUACUUUUUAGAAACUGCAAGCCUUUUACCACACUAUGGCUACUAAUUUCACCCUUUUUUUUCUUUUUACUCUAGACAGGCUAGACUCUGGAAGUCCAAUCUAUACCUUUCAAUGAAUCUUUCAGUUUCUUCUUAGAAUCACUUUGCAAGAGUAUGGAAGAGUGUUUUGAUUAGUCUUCUUUAAUAAUUACAUGAUGAAUCUGACCUCAUUUAUAUAAAAAGCUGUGGACUAAAUUUCAGAGACAUCCCAAAAGAAGGGCUCACAAUAUCCCUGAGUGCAAAUGUUUACCCAGCAAAAUAGUGUAAUUACAUGUUCAUCCAGAUGUGUGCAUUCUUUUAUGUGGAUAAACAGAUGCAUCUGCAAACUUUGGGGGUGCAUUAAUAAAGACCAUUUUAAAUUUGGGCCCUUUGUAUCUUCAAAUGCAGUGGUAAUUUUUCUUUGCAUUUUCUUGCAGAUUAGUGAAAUGUGCUGCUUCCAAAACAUCUGUAAUCCAUGUUUCUUAAUUCCUAUCCUAAAGCUUCUAACAGGAACUGAACAUGUUAGGCAAUCCAAUUCAAGGCCAAGUCAGAAUUGCCUACAUCGAACUGAGUGAUGCUAUGUGCAUGUACAGCAAGGCACAGUGACUUGCUCUUAUUUUGAUCAAGUCUGUCCCUGUAACUUUGACUGAAGUAAGUGGUUGCUUUUGUCAUAUGACCAUAAAGGUUCCUGGUAGCCUACAUAACUUAUGUCAGGGCUUGAAUAGAGCAACUUUUAGAUGUUAGUCAUCUUUCAUUGUCUCAUGCUUUCCUCUGGGCCCUUUUUUAACCUUAUUUGAAAUUUAGCGAUCCUUUUUAAAUGUUGCAAAGAGUCCUGUGGCACCUUAUAGACUAACAGACGUGUAGGAGCAUG